AUGCUCCCCCUCCUCCUCCUCCUCCCCCUCCGCCAAACCCUCUUCGCGCCCUCCUCCGCACCCUUCUCCCGCCUAUUUACCACACGCGCAAUCUCGACCUCGACAUCACUAUGGCGCCCGAGCAUUACCGCAAGGACUGGAGCGGGAGCCGUGUCGGCGGUGUUUGGUCAGACGAGGGGGAUGAAGGUGCGGAGUUCGGUGAAGAAGCUUUGUGACGGGUGUAAGAGUGUACGAAGGAAGGGCGGGAAGUACGUGUACAUCAUUUGUGAUAAGAAUCCAAAGCACAAGCAGAGGCAAGGAUAA